AUGGCGGACGUGAAGGCACAAGCAGAAGAAAUCAAACAAAAAGGGAAUGCUGCUUACAAGAAAAAGGAUUUUGAAACAGCUUUGAAACAUUAUGAUGAAGCCUUUGCCAUUGAUGGAACAAAUAUUACAAUUCUGACGAACAAGGCUGCAGUUUUCUUUGAACAAGGAGAAUAUGAUAAAUGUAUCGAAACUUGUGAGAAGGCUGUUGAGGUGGGACGUGAAAAUCGUGCUGAUUACGCCCUGUUGGCAAAAGCCUUGGCAAGAAUCGGUAAUUCCUAUCUGAAAAAAGAGGACCUAAAGAACGCUCUGGUGUAUUUCAAUAAAUCUUUAUUAGAAAAUAGAACUCAAGAAAUUGUGAAGAAGCAAUCCUCUAUUAAGAGAAAUCUCUCUACUUUUCUAGCCAAGGUUUUUUUUGUUAUUUCUGUGUAA